CACAGAACUGGGCAGCUCAGUCGUAGGCGAACCUCCUUUAUCAGGUCCUUGCAGCCUCCAGCUCUCCCGCAGUGCCUUCAGCCCUUGACACCAACAUGAGGUUCAAGUUCUCGAUCAUCGCUCUUCUUCUAGAAGUGGUCUUCAUCAUUUUGUUUGGACUAUUUGCGGAGUAUGACGAUGAGAACAUCACUUUGUAUCCGUUCUUUAAGGACGUCCACCUGAUGAUAUUUAUCGGAUUUGGUUUCCUGAUGACCUUUCUGAAGAAAUAUGGAUUCACCAGUGUUGGUGUCAACAUGCUCAUUGCCGCCUUUGGUCUUCAGUGGGGCACUCUAAUGCAAGGAUUUUUGCACGGGGGUAGAGGAGGGAAAAUUCCUGUUAACAUCAAAAGCAUGAUAAAUGCAGACUUCAGCACAGCAACUGCUUUGAUUUCAUUUGGAGCAGUCCUGGGGAAAACCAACCCUGUUCAAAUGCUUCUUCUGACAUUUCUGGAGAUCACAGUCUUUGCAGUCAAUGAACAUCUAGUUACGGAAAUAUUUCAGGCCACAGAUAUUGGAGCCUCAAUGACCAUCCAUGCCUUUGGAGCUUAUUUUGGCUUGGCUGUAACACUCAUCUUGUAUCGUCCUGGCCUGAAAAACAAGCAUGAAAAUGAGGAAUCUAGCUAUCACUCAGACAUAUUUGCCAUGAUUGGUACCCUGUUCCUUUGGCUUUUUUGGCCCAGUUUUAACUCUGCAAUUGCAGAUGAAAAUGACAAGAAUAAAACCAUUAUCAACACUUACUACGCCCUGGCGGCAUGUGCUGUUAUAACAUUUGCCAUCUCCAGCCUGCUGGAUCAAAGAGGCAAAUUCAGUAUGGUUCUCAUUCAAAAUGCCACCCUGGCAGGAGGAGUAGCAGUGGGUACCUGUGCUGACCUGACAAUAUACCCUUUUGCUGCUAUGUGUAUUGGGAGCAUCGCUGGGAUCAUCUCUGUCCUUGGGUUCCACUUCCUGACUCCUGUUUUGGCAUCCAAGCUGAGAAUUCAAGAUACGUGUGGAGUCCAUAAUUUACAUGGCUUACCUGGAAUACUGGGAGGUAUUGCAGGCAUCAUAGUAACAGCGAUACAACCCCAAACUAAGAAAGGUGUCCAACUUACUGCUGGCAAACAGGCUGCUGCCUUGGGCAGCACAAUUGGAAUUGCACUGCUUGGUGGAGCACUGACAGGUGCUAUUUUAAAGCUGCCCAUCUGGGGACAAGUAUCUGACCAGAACUGCUUUGAUGACUCUGCUUACUGGGAGGUUCCAGAAGAGGGGAAACUGCAUGAAAUUAAUUCCAACCACUACGAUGAGCACAGCAGAUUUGAAGCUAUCAUGUAGAAAAACAUAUAUAUGUCCUUACGAUGCUCUUUUCUGUUUCUCAUGAUAAAAACCAACACCCCCAAAUUUUUCUAACCCCAAAUAUCUUCCAGAAGGAGCAAUUAGGUAGCUAUAUUUCUGUAAGAUUAAGAAGAAGGCUGAUUUUAUCAGAAGUGGUCAUUAUGUCAAGCUCAGGCGAAGCAAUUUGAGAAAGAAAUGAAAUUUCUAAGUCAGGACUUUCCCUUGAUGAACCCCUGCUAACAAAGGGCUUAGUUAUCAGAUUGAAGGGGGAGACCAUAAUAUGGAAUGGCACAGAAGAUUUUUCCUAUUCUGCCCGUGCACUUUUUCCUCAGAAAACUUUAUAAAGAUAAACUUUAUACUAGGUUCAGCUGAAAUCCUAUUGGAGGAUUCAGGGGGUCAUUUAUUCACAUGUAGCCAUGAGUUAAUUGCACUGGGUUCUGACUGCAAAGGAAUGCCUCAGUGAGAAACAACAAUUUACUAUGAGUAAAUCUCCCAGAAUGGUCCCCUCAUGAGUUACAUUUUGCUCAUUGAAACAAAGGGAAAAAAUAUAUAAACUUUGUGCUUUUGUUGUCCAGUUCUUAGUCUUUCUGUAGCAAACUGGGCACUCACCCACUCUUUCCUGACCUCUUCUUUUUGCCAGAUGAGUAAUUACUUCUUCAGGGUCAAAAGCUAGAACAGAGAGAUGGGUUCUUCUACAUGGAAAUCUAUCCCACCUAACCCAGCUGUUGUUUUCAGGAAAGUCCAUGUUUCCUUUUUGACAAAGAAGAGCCCAAGAAGCCUAGAUAAGCCUAGGAAACAGUGUAAAAUGGCUUAGAAUGUUCUUAAGUAUAUAUUUUGAUACAAAUAGGUGGUGAUUAUUUAGGAUAAGUGUUCCCCUAAACCCCCAAAACAUCAAGAUGAUGGAAAAAGAGCCAAUAAACUUUCAUUAGCAUGGAAGAAGCAAAGCAUAACAUUAAUCAACAUCAAUAAAGGUCACCCGUGUUGAAUGUGAUGUCACA